AUUUGUAUGCCAUUAGACUUUGAAACAAAAUGGCUGCUUCCAUCUGCAAACAAAUUGUCUCGAGUGUUUUUCGGAAGAACUUAUUUUAUAAUAAAGUAGCGAUUGUAACGGGAGGAGCAACUGGGAUAGGAAAAGCGAUCACAAAAGAACUUCUCUUUCUAGGUUGUAAUGUGGUAAUAGCAUCAAGAAAACUAGAAAGAUUACAGGCUACAGCCAGUCAGAUUCAAGAAUGGCUUCAGGAAAAUGGCAACAGCCCAAAACUAGAAAUCAUGCAAUGCAACAUUAGAAGUGAACAAGAUGUGCAAAAUUUGAUUGACUUUACACUAAAAACAUUUGGUAAACUCGAUUACCUGGUCAACAAUGGAGGAGGUCAAUUUAUGAGUAGAGCAGAAGAUAUUAAGCUUAAAGGUUGGAAUGCUGUCAUUGAGACUAACUUGACUGGAACAUUCCUUAUGUGCAAGGAAGCUUAUACAAGAUGGAUGAAGUCUAAUGGAGGUGCUAUUGUCAAUAUCACCAUGGAUAUGUGGAAAGGUUAUCCAUUUAUGAGUCAUUCAGGUGCCUCCAGGGCCGGGGUAGAUAACUUGACUAAGUCUCUGGCUGUAGAAUGGGUGCACGGUGGUGUUAGAGUUAACAGUGUAGUACCGGGCAGCUCCAUAUAUUCUGAGACUGCUGCAGCCAACUAUGGAGACAGUGGAAUAUUUGAAAUGGCUAAACCCAGGGUGCCCAUGAAGAGAUUGGGGACCACUGAGGAGGUGGCAGCAGCUGUCUGUUUUUUGCUUUCACCAGCUGCUGCUUUUAUCACUGGUGUGGCCCUCCAAGUGGAUGGUGGACAGACCCUUUACAUCACACCUAGCUAUGAGGUCCCUGAUCACAAAAGUUGUGCCCCUUACACUUGGGAAUCAGAUUUAGAGACUCAAAGCAAGACAGAGAGUGAAGUCGUGUCUCACACCAAAUCAAAACUAUGAUGUAUCGUUCAUGUAUAUAUACUUCGUUUGAUUGGUUAGGUGAUGUAACAUUCAGGUGUAUUGCACUAAAAAAUAACUUAAACUUACAAGAAUAAUAGAAUACCUUAUUUUGUAUAUAAUAUAAACUUGUACUAUAUUAUAAAUAUGAAAAAGAAAAGAUAUUUCUGAACUGUCUUGUGCUACAGUAAGUUAAAAUGUGCCAUUUCAUUUUUUGAACUAGUACUGGACAGUAAAUAAUAAUAAUAAUAAUCUUUAUUGUCCGUAUGGAAAUUUGUCUUACAAUUUUUGCAUUACACCAUAACUAUAAGAAACCAAAGUGUACAUUCACACUCUCCAAGUCUGUUUUUGAAAUACUUACUCUGUAACAGCAGAUACACACAUCACAUUCAUGUUUGAAAAGGUAAAGCAAUAUUACAGAGGGCUUUUUAUUUUUUUUUAUUUACCUCAUAUCAUUCAAGACUGCCAUUUUUAUAAAUCUUUUUUUAUUAUUUUUUUUGUAUUACCCUUGAAGUUAUCUAAUAUGUUUUGAGAAUAAAAUAAUAAUAUUUACUUUAGUUUUUUUUUAAUCAUUACCUUUUUUAAACAGAAACCAGCCUUAGCCCAUGCAAUUCAAGAGGUAUAAAAAAGGGGCAAUAAUACUAAACACUGUAGUGCUGCUAUUUUGUUGUUCUCUCCCUUUCAAUAUUAAACUUGAAUGGGGCUUGCUAUAAAAGAUUUAUUUCACAUUUUUAUAACCAGUGUAUUGCUAGUACAGAUUUAUUUAAUGAUUUUGUUUUUUUUACUUCCUACUGUUAUUAUAUUUCGGGUGGAUGUUUUGACAUUUCAUAUAAUUUUUAUUUAAUUAUUUGAAAACAACUCCUCUUGUAAUGACAUUUGUUGACCUGUAUGUCAGUCUAUUUAUUUGUACCAACUGACAGUGUCUUAUGUAUAAAAUUUUUGAAAUAAAUCUGGAUGCUACACAUUAGAAAGAUGUGAACACACUUCGUAUAUUAGGUAUUGAAUGACUGUGGGAGGUUUUUUAACACAUGAUGAAAAUUGUACUACAGUUUGAUUGAUUGUUGAAUGCAAUACAGAAAGAAGAUGCAGAUACACAUAAUGUAUUACAUCAGCGGUUCUCAACCUUUUAAGCUCGGCGACCCCUUUUUACAUUAUACCACUCUGCCGCGACCCCCCACAUCAUCCCAUAGACACACCGACCUAUAGAUGAAUAGACAAUAACAAUCCUUAUUUUGGAUGGUCUUAGGCGACCCCUGGCAAAUCGUCAAAGGGGUCGCGACCCACAGGUUGAGAACCCCUGUAUUACAUUAUGAAUGGAUGGGGAAUGUUACACAUUAAAAAGAUGUACUCAUGUUUCUGAUGGAUGUUGGAUUUCUGUGCUCAAUUUCUUGAUAUGAUCAUGUGUCUUGGACUUUUUGAUGUUAUUGAAAUAAAACAACUUUUUGAUGAAAUGUU